AUGCAAGGGAAAACGAAACUAGAAACCAAGUUCGAUGAUAUGUUGUCAACACCCAUAGAGAAGCUUCUUACUAAUCUCUCUAUAGUUUCAUCAUCGUCCAAAAUAACUCCAGUAGUUCUUAUAACAACUGGAUCAAUGAAUCCAAUCCAUAUUCAACAUGUAGAAAUGUUCAAAAUCGCCAAAGAACGCUUGGAAAUGGCUUUACCAGACCACAAAGUUGUGGCUGGAUAUAUCUCACCCUCACAAGACCUAUAUGUUCAGAAUAAACUUUACGAGGAAACCAUUACGGCUGAACAUCGUAUUGAAAUGGUGAGAUUAGCGACACAAGAUUCCUCGUGGAUAGAUGUUGACACAUGGGAAUCAAAAUUUCCUACUAUUCAUUUCAUUGACUAUUUCCAAGUUGUCCGAAGAUUAUCCGAAUUUUUAAACGAUCAUGAACAAAUCAAACGGAGUUUGCCAGAUAAAACUAAGAUAAAAGUAAUGUACUUAUGUGGGUCAGAUCAUGUAAUUAGAACUGGAGCGAAAGGAUUGGACGAAUACGGACUUGUAAUUAUAGAAAGAAAUUUUGGUAAAAAAGACAAUAUAUGGAGAAAUGUAUGUGAAAGGAAACUUGAUUCCGUCUAUAACCAUUCUUGGAAAGAAAAAGAUUUUGUUCAUUUUGUGGAAGGUGAAAAUGAUACCGAUGUUAGUUCCACAAAGAUUAGAAGUUUAUUGCGAGAUAGAAACAAUAAAUGGGAGGAGCUUUGUGACGAACGUGUUGUGAAAUACAUGAAAGAUCAUAAUAUUUUGACAGCCGAAUAG